AUGUUGAAUGUCAACCGAAGAACAAUUGAGCGGUGGAAAAAGAGGCACGAAGAGACAAACAGCCUGGAAAAUAGGAGAAGACCUGGAGGUCCUCGUCACACCAUCGAUGAGGAAGACGACCUCAUCAUCAACGAAGCCACAGAAAAUCCUCUCACCACGGCAGUCAGGGUAAAGGCAAACACGGAGGUCAAUGUAGGAGUCCACACGGCCACCUCCAUGGAAGAUAAUGACGACCAUGUGAAGGAACAGGCCACCUCCAUGGAAGAUAAUGACGACCAUGUGAAGGAACAGGCCACCUCCAUGAAAGAUAAUGACGACCAUGUGAAGGAACAGGCCACCUCCAUGGAAGAUAAUGACGACCAUGUGAAGGAACAGGCCACCUCCAUGGAAGAUAAUGACGACCAUGUGAAGGAACAGGCCACCUCCAUGGAAGAUAAUGACGACCAUGUGAAGGAACAGGCCACCUCCAUGGAAGAUAAUGACGACCAUGUGAAGGAACAGGCCACCUACAUGGAAGAUAAUGACGACCAUGUGAAGAAACAGGCCACCUCCAUGGAAGAUAAUGACGACCAUGUGAAGGAACAGGCCACCUCCAUGGAAGAUAAUGACGACCAUGUGAAGGAACAGGCCACCUACAUGGAAGAUAAUGACGACCAUGUGAAGGAACAGGCCACCUACAUGGAAGAUAAUGACGACCAUGUGAAGGAACAGGCCACCUACAUGGAAGAUAAUGACGACCAUGUGAAGGAACAGGCCACCUCCAUGGAAGAUAAUGACGACCAUGUGAAGGAACAGGCCACCUACAUGGAAGAUAAUGACGACCAUGUGAAGAAACAGGCCACCUCCAUGGAAGAUAAUGACGACCACGUGAAGGAACAGGCCACCUACAUGGAAGAUAAUGACGACCAUGUGAAGGAACAGGCCAUCUCCAUGGAAGAUAAUGACGACCACAUAAUGACGACCAUGUGA